AGCAGUGCGUGCUUGAGGUGGGAGCACUGCAGAAACUGAGCGACAAACAACGAUAAGACAGGGCUGUGACAAACAUGGGUGCAGAGAAACUGGAAAUGGAAGACACAAACUCAAUCCUUUUGGCGAAGGGUAAGAAACCACCUGUGAACAAAUCUCAGAACAAAUAUGAGAGAUUUUACCAGCCCUGCCUGGCUGAAAUCGUGGGGACCAUGUUCUUUGUUUUCAUCGGCUGUGUGUCCGUCAUCGAGAACGUGCCAGCAGCUGGACGGCUGCAGCCGGCCCUGGUCCACGGGCUGGCUGUGGCAGUGUUGGUGGCUGUCAUGGAUAAAAUCAGCGGCUCCCAUUUCAACCCUCCCUUCACCAUUGCCAUCUACCUGUGUGGAGGUAUCGAGCUGAUAAUGGUUGUGCCAUACCUGAUCAGCCAGGUCAUCGGGGGUGUCCUCGGAGCUGGAAUGGCCAAGCUGAUGACCCCAGCAGAGCGCUACCACAACGCCACAGGAGCAGCAUUUGAUGUCCUCAAGUCAGAAAGCCAGUUGUACGGGGCCAUUUUUGGGGAGUUGGCCAUGACCUGCCUGGUGACCAUGGUGGUGCUGCUGGUGGCGGUCAAUGACAAGACCAAAACCCCUCUGGCCCCGUUUCUGGUGGGCUGUACCGUCAUCAUCAACAUCUUGGCAGGAGGGGACAUUUCAGGAACGUGUUUGAACCCGGCAAGAGCUUUUGGCCCAGCCCUGAUGACCAACUACUGGACCUACCACUGGGUUUACUGGGCGGGACCCAUUGGAGGAGGUCUGCUUGCUGCUGCCUUGCUCAGACUCAUUCUUGGAGAUAAUAAGCUACGAGUUGUUAUGAAAUCCUAAGUUUUAUUCUGCUUUUACUGUAAUGAUGAAAUUGUAAACAUGUAUUAAUAUCCUGCAUAUAUUUUAAUCAUAUAAUGAUGUCCAUUUUUUGUAUUAAUUUUUUUUUUUUUUAAAGUUAUGCACUAACUGAUGUAUGAUCCUCAAUGUGAAAUUAAAAAAACUGAUAAAGAUACACAUUUAUUCAUCCUAUAAAGUCUCUCAUAUAGUUUGUGUGUGUGCACUUGCUGGUGUAAAGUAAUAAACACAUUAAGACAAGCAG